AUGAAAAUAAAUAUCCACAUAAGUGGGCAAACCUUAGUAGUUGAUUGCGCAAAUGGAAGGCAAAAGAUUCAUUGGCUAGGAUCAGUAGCUAUUCAUAGAAUUGACAAAAAUUACGGCCUUGAUUUAGGAAUGUUCAGAGUUAUUCAGUCUGAAGAUGGGCAAUAUUUGAAUCUGGAAAGUCACAUUUCUGAUCUCUUGAAGGACAACUCUCAGGUUUGGGUUGUACUUCAAGGAGAAGAUGAUCCUAUUAAGCACGAAGAAUCAAAGCGAGACCCAAGGAGAGGCACGAGUCCGAACUCCAAAAACAAUUUCUUACGGACCAGCCCUCCAUCAAAAAAUAGCCUUGCAAGGAAUAGUCCUCCUUCUAUUCUGAGGAAAACUGCAAAAUAA